CGUGUAUAAUGGCUUCAAAAUUCUUAUUAUCAAAUUUCACCAAACCUCUUUUAGGAGCAAAUAAAAAUAUUUUUCAACGUCGCAGUUUAGCAACUGCUACUAAUUUGCUUCCUACUUUACGUAAAACCAUUUUACCUAAUGGUUUUACUGUAGCAUCAGAAGAAAAUCCUACUUCACAAACAGCGACUGUUGGUGUUUGGAUCGAUGCCGGCUCUCGUGCUGAAAGCGAAAAAAAUAAUGGUGCUGCUCACUUUUUGGAACACAUGGCAUUUAAAGGAACUCGCUCAAGAAGCCAAAGAGAUUUGGAACUCCAAAUUGAGAAUAUGGGUGGUCAUUUAAACGCUUACACCUCUAGAGAACAAACAGUUUAUUAUGCAAAAGCAUUCAAAUAUGAUGUACCUCAAGCAGUAGAAAUUCUUUCAGACAUUCUUCAACAUUCAACUCUUGAUCCUGGAGCUAUUGAAAGAGAACGUGAUGUAAUUCUUAGAGAACAAGAAGAAGUUGAAAAGCAAAUGGAAGAAGUUGUCUUUGAUCAUUUACAUGCAACUGCAUUUAAAAAUGAAUCUUUAGGAUUAACUAUUUUAGGCCCUAAAGAAAAUAUUCAGUCUUUAACACGCGAUGAUCUUUCAAAUUAUAUUAAAACAAAUUAUACAGGUGAACGAAUGAUACUUGUUGGUACAGGCGGUGUUGAUCAUGAUGCACUUGUUCGACUUGCCGAGACCCAUUUUGGUCAGUUACCUAACAAGUUAAACGCAUCUACUAGUAAGAGCGCUAUGAAGAAGGCUGUAUUCAUAAGCGAUGAAUUACGAAUCAAUAAUCCUAAUGCCCAGCAAGCACAUAUUGCUGUCGCUAUAGAAGGCGCUAGUUGGACAUCUCCUGACUAUUUCCCUUUGCUAGUUAUGCAAUCUAUUAUUGGUUCUUGGGAUCGAUCCUUAGGUGCUACAGGACACAUGGACUCUCGUCUAUCCUCUGUUUUACAUAAUAAUCAACUUGCUAAUUCUUUCAUGUCUUUUAAUACAUCGUAUAAGGAUACUGGCCUUUGGGGUAUUUAUUUAAUUUCAGAAAAUAAGGAUCGUCUUGGAGAUUUACUUAAAUCAACAAAAAAUGAAUGGAAUCGUUUGUCAACUUCAGUUACAGAUGAAGAAGUUCAACGUGCUAAACAACAAUUAAAAGCUGGUCUCUUAUUAAGUUUAGACGGAAGCACGUCUAUUGCUGAAGAUAUUGGUCGUCAAUUGUUAACAUCAGGCGAACGUUUGUCACCAAAAGAAGUAGAAGCAUUGGUUUCUAAAGUGACAGUGGACGAUGUGCGACGUGUAGCUCAAGAGUAUUUACAGCGUAAAGCAGCUGUUGUAGGUAUUGGCGCGGUAGAUAACAUGCCAAAUUUCAAUCAUAUUUAAUACUACGACCCUAUUUUAAUGUAAAAAGUUAUAUUUCAUUUUAAAAUAAAAUAAAAUAUAUGUAUUUGUUUAUUA